GGAACACUUGGGAUGUCCAGCAGAAUAUGCAGCUUGGGCGGGAUUUUUUAUCUUCGAUAAAUUGGCUUUAUAACUACGCACAAGAAGUAGCAGGAACGCAGCCUUUUUUUCAAGACGAAGGAGCUGCCGAAGGAAAUGGCUAGAGAGCAACUGGAAGUUCUCCAUGCUCUGGACAAAGCCAAGACGCAGUGGUAUCAUGUUACAGCCGUUGUCAUUGCGGGAAUGGGAUUCUUCACAGACGCUUACGACCUCUUCUGCAUCUCGUUGCUGACAAAGCUCCUCGGACGCAUUUACUACUACGAUCCACACACCGGGAAGCCAGGCACGUUGCCAGUGCAAGUCAAUGCCGCUGUGAGCGGAGUGGCUCUCUGUGGAACUCUGGCUGGACAGCUCUUCUUUGGAUGGCUCGGUGACAAACUGGGACGGAAGAAGGUGUAUGGUCUCACGCUGCUGCUGAUGGUUAUCUGCUCCAUAGCUUCCGGCCUCUCCUUCGGCAGCACCGCGCAGUCCGUCAUGACCACCUUGUGCUUCUUCCGGUUCUGGCUCGGCUUCGGCAUUGGGGGCGACUAUCCUCUCUCGGCCACCAUCAUGUCGGAGUACGCCAACACAAAGACGAGGGGAGCUUUCAUAGCUGCAGUGUUCGCUAUGCAAGGCUUCGGCAUCCUCGCAGCGGCUAUCGUCACGAUCGUCGUGUCAGCAGCUUUCAAGCAUGCUUUCCCGACUCCCAAGUUUUUUGAAGACCCGAUCGCCUCGACGCCAGUCCAGGCAGACUUUGUCUGGAGGAUUAUCUUCAUGCUGGGAAGCAUCCCCGCUCUCGCAACGUUCUACUGGCGUAUGAAAAUGCCAGAGACAGCACGGUACACAGCUCUAGUCGAGAAGAGGCUCGAUCAAGCCGCCGCCGAUAUGAGCAAGGUGCUCCGGGUGGACCUCCCGGUGGACAACAAAGCCGUGAGCACCGUCAAGGCCGAGGACGAGUACACUCUGAUCUCUUGGAAGUUCGCGAGGAAGCACGGUAUACAGCUCCUGGGAACCACGACGACAUGGUUCCUCCUCGACGUUGCCUUCUACAGCCAGCAAAUCUUCCAGAAAGACAUCUACACCCAGGUUGGCUAUCUCAAGCAGGCGAAGCAACUGGCAGCUCUGGAAGAGACGCUCGAUCUCGCGAAAGCCCAAGCUCUGGUGGCUAUGUUCGGCACGGUCCCUGGCUACUGGUUCACAGUCGCGCUCAUCGACCACCUUGGAAGGUUCACGAUUCAGCUUAUGGGAUUUUUCAUGAUGACCGUGUUUAUGUUUGCUCUGGCCAUUCCAUACGAGAGCUACUGGCGAGGCCAACACAAGAACCACGACACCGGCAAGUACAUGGGGGGACACAACCAUGGCUUCGUCGCCCUCUUCGGCCUGACGUUCUUCUUCGCGAACUUCGGGCCCAACAGCACCACUUUCAUCGUCCCGGCCGAGCUGUUCCCGGCCAGGCUCCGCGCGACUUGUCACGGUAUCUCGGCAGCAGCAGGCAAAGCCGGUGCCAUCAUCGGCACCUUUGGCUUCGCUUACGCAUCGCAAUCGAGGCACCGCACGGAGCUUGACAGUGGCUACGAUCGUCCAGGCAUUGGCAUGCAGAGGUCGCUCAUAGUCUUGGCUUUCGCCAAUCUCGCGGGCUUCUGCUUCACUUGGCUGGUUCCGGAAACUAAAGGCAAGAGCCUCGAAGAUUUAUCCGGAGAGAACGAUGAGGAAACGACGACGACGACGACCUCCAUGGCUCAAGCUCCAGAUGCCAACAACAGUGCUACCAAUGGAUCUAGCGCCGUCUAGACAAAAGCUUUUUAGUUUUGGUUUCUCUUACUCUCUAGUGUUAGUGUGUGACAAAUAAGCUAUGUGGGAUCCCAGGGAAAGAAAAGCUUGAAUCUUCUGUGCC